AAAACCCUCCAAGCCUUCUUAGCAACUUCUUCGCCACAUUUCCCUCCCUACCACUCUUUCGAGUUACCUUAAUAAAAUCUUUGGUUUUGUUUUGUAAGCCAAAGAACUUCCUGUUGUUUUUUGUUUAUAUUACUAUAACGUUCUGAUCAAUCUCUCUCUCCCUUCCUGUGAGCUGAUAGACCACCAUUAGGCCACCCCCUGAGAGAGAGAGACGAGCACCAGGUUUCAACAUGGCUCGCCGUCUCUUCGCCUGUUUUGGCAGGGGUGCAUCUUGGUCUUCAUCAAGAAAUGAAGUCCAUGCAGCACAUGGGAAAACCAAUGGAACAGUGGUUGAAGCAACAACACCACCAUCAUCAGCUGAAGGGCCAAUCCUGGUGGAGUUGUUCUCUUCACAGGGAUGUGCCACAUCGCCGGCGGCUGAGCUGCUGCUGUCCAGGCUGGGGAGAGGGGACUUUCAGCUGGCUGCGCCGGUGAUUGUGUUGGCGUACCAUGUUGACUACUGGGAUUACAUGGGGUGGAAAGACCCUUAUGGCUCAAGCCAAUGGACCGUGAGACAGAAGGCUUAUGUCGAGUCCUUGAGGCUUGACACGAUGUUUACACCGCAGGUUGUGGUUCAAGGCAGGGCUCAGUGUGUGGCUAAUGAUGAAGAUGCUUUGUUAUCCACACUUGCUGGUGCUCCCAGGUUCCCUGCUCCAACAUUCCAGGCAAAUUUCCAAAGGCCUACAUCAGAGUCCUUGCAGGUGACCCUAACAGGAACUUUGAGGUCUAAGGUAGACAACACUGGUGUCAACGUUAUGGUGGCGUUAUACGAGAACGGAUUGGUGAAUGACUGCCCUCAAGGAGAGAACAAAGGGAAAGUCCUAUCCAAUGAUUUUGUGGUUAGGAAGCUUGAAAAGCUUUGCACUGUCAAAGACGUCUCUGCCAAGAAGACAGUCUCAGGAACUGUUACAUUCACCCUAUGGGAUGGUUUCAAUAGCAGCAAAUGUGCUAUUGCUGUCUUUGUUCAAAACAGCUCCCACCAAAUUUUCGGCUCACAGAACUUUCAACUGCCAGAUGAUAUGUGAAAAAAAAUAUUGAAAAAUUAAUGAAGCAUUGUGUUCUGGCUACAAUUUUAGGCAAUUUAUGUACAGGAUAUGUUCUUGCUUAGGUAUUUGAUUUCUUUGCUCUUCCUUGACUUAUUUUCUUCUUUUUUCCUUUUGGAAUUCCUUUCUUAUUCCUGGUUUGAUGUUUUAGGAAAUGGAGAGAGACAUCUGCAUACAUUAUAUGAUAUUCUUUUUAACCUUCCAA